AAUCAGUCAAUCUCCCACUACCCGGAGUAGCCAGGAAACGUAUCACUUGCACUUUGAUACCAAUUAUUAUUAGGGAAAGUGACAAGUAUAAAUCAGCAAGAACACAGCACAGCUAGGAACUCGCCCUUUGUUACUGGUGGAGAAAGGUAAUACGAUCACAUCGAUAUUCAAGUUUUGUAUGUAAUAUGUAAUUGAAUAUUCAUGUAUGUAUCAUAGCUUGUAAUAUCAGAUGUAUUAUCAAUGCUAUAUUGCAACUUACUUAUCACCCAUGACAUGGUGAUAACAGUGUGUUUAUUAAUUAUCUUGUGAAUAGCAUUUGAAAAGAUCUAGGUUUGUUAACAGUGGAUGUAAGUGUGUGUAUGCAUACAUCAGACCUGGUUCAAAUACAUUAUUGAAUACACUGCAGGAUGGGUGCAAUUUGUAAGUCGCUCUGGAUAAGAGCGUCUGCUAAAUUACGUAAAUGUAAAUGUAGGUGGAGUCGACCCUUUUGGGACUUUUUCAUUGCUUCCAUUAUACAGGUCAAGUUACAGUAUGUGAAGUGCACCUCAAGUAUUUGAAAGUGUUUAUACAUUUGACCUAGGUCUGGGUAUACAUGAAUGUGGUUUUGUUUGAUAUCUAGUUAUCAAGAACAAUAGGUCCAUGGGUUACUAAAUGUUAGAGAUCGUGAAAUACGAACACUAUCCAAUACUUUGUGAUACCUAAUAUUUACAAACUUGGUUGAUCUGAAUUAACAACAUAACAACAGAAUUGCUCUAUGCUUUUAAAAAGUAUUUAAUGAAUUAAAUGUUAUAAUUGCAUAAUUAUACAAUUUUUUUUACAUAUUUAUAUUUAAGAAUGUAUUUAUUCAUCAAUUUGUUUGUUUAUUUAUUUGUUUGUAUGUAUUCAUUUAUUUAAAAAAAUCUUUUUUUUUUCAGGUACAUUGUUUUUUUUCAGGUACAAUGGCCAGACUUACUGUGCUUUCAGGUACAUGCCUUCUUCAGUCAUUACCAUCAUCCUCAUCCUCCUUAUCAUUACCAUCAUCCUCAUCCUUAUUAUCAUUACCAUCAUCCUCAUCCUUCUUAUCAUUAUCAUCAUCCUCAUCUUAUUCUUCAAUGUGAUCCUCUGGUAAACAAGUCCCUAGUGUCUACUCUGUUAACUCAGUAAUCUUUCCUCAGGUCUGGGCCUUCUGCUGAUGGUGCAGAUUGGUAAGCGUUUCCCUCAUCAACUUUUUUACAUUUCUCAAUUGACAUGUUCAGACCACAGAGAUAAAGAUUGUGUUCAAUUUAAUUAUAUGGUUUAGAUCUCCUUAUCUGAGCCCCAAUUAUACCUCAGAGGCUCGGUAAUCCCAUUCAAAUUCAUGCAUCCUACAUAAGCAUUUGAAAUUAGGAAUCCCAAUAAACACAAUAGUCCAACCCACUAUUUUAGAGAACCCCAAAGGGUCAAUGUGAAAUUCAGCCUCUGGUUAGAUUUCUUCUUCUCCCUUCAGCCGCCUCCACCAAACUGGUAUGCCACAUGACCAACUGGUCCCAGUACCGCCCCACCACUGGGAAGUUCACCCCUGAGAAUAUCGACCCGUUCCUCUGCACCCACGUGAUCUACGCCCUGGCCACCAUCAACAGCUUCAACCAGGUCGCCCCCAUCGAGUGGAAUGACGAGACCCUCUACAAGAGCCUCAACCACCUGAAGAAUGUGUGAGUGACUCUGGGUUGACUUCAGUGAGAGUUGGGCCUUAGUUGAUAAAUCCAUGAUGAACACUAGGUUUGACUCUUCAUCUUACCUCUCUGAUAUGCAGGAACCCAAUGAUGAAGACUCUGCUGUCUGUCGGAGGCACAGUCAACGGACUCAGCCCGUAAGUCUCUAGUGAUUCUUAUUGUUUCUUCACAAUAUUUUAUUGCGAUUUCACAGCUAUCCAAAAGCAUGGUUUGCUAUAAGAUAAAACUUCACUUUCACAUCUUUCCACUGAUCCACAUUAAACAGAUUUGUCUUUUUGUACCCAGCAUCUAAAAAAAUAUAUUUUAAUGGUGCAGGUUUUUAUUGUUUCCCAGUCCACUCCUUUUUUAUCGUAGUGUUUUAUCGUAGUGUUUUAUCAUAGUGUUUUAUCAUAGUGUUUUCCAGUUCCCUACUUCUGUACAUCAAUAGGCUCAGGACCAGAGUAACGGUUUACAUUGUCUCCCUCCACCCCUCUAGAUUCAUCGGCAUGGUGUCCAAGCCUGAGGGCCGCCAGGCCUUCAUCAAGUCAGCCAUCAGCUACCUGCGUUCCCACGGCUUUGAUGGUCUCAACCUAGCCUGGGAGUUCCCCACUCAAAACGGCAGCCCCGACGGAGACAGGGAGAGGUUCACUGAGCUCGUCAGAGUAAGCUUGCACAGAAACUUUUUUACUAACAGUUAUAACAUGAGUGAGGAUUUGCACCUUUAUCUUUCAAUGUGUUCCUGUCAUUUUCUGUGACUGGUUAUCGUUGUAGCGCUGUCUAUCCAGCUCAGCCUGAAGAGCAGUUUAGUUGUGAUUAUUUUCUGUACCUAAUGUCUCUGUAUGGCUUUACAGGAGCUGCAGAAGGCCUUUGAGAACGAUGCUAAAGAUACCAGGCUGACCCAGCUGCUCCUGUCUGCCAACGUGGCUGCUCUUCGGCCCACCAUCAACUCCAGCUACGAGGUGGCCCAGAUCGCCAGGUACUGUAGACAGCAUGGGUCUGGGAGAAACCCACUCAGCUGAAAUAAGAAUUGAAGUCUCUGUUUUCUUUCUUUCUCUUUUUAUCUCUCUCCCUCGCUCUCUUUUUCAAACAAACACACUAUAUAUAAUUAAUUCCCUUCAUACACUAUAUAUAAUAAUUAAGUCUCUUCAUGUCUCUGCAGAUCUCUGGACUUCAUCAACGUGAUGACCUAUGACUUCCACGGACACUGGGAGAGAGCCACAGGACACAACAGCCCACUGUUCCGCAGCAGCCAUGACUCAGGGACACACUACCACUUCAACGUCGUAAGACACACUUUCUUUUUUAACAUCUAUGCCGAGUCUUUCACCAGGAAGCACUAGUAAACCAUUGUGUUAUUGAUCAUGAUUAUUUUAAAUAUAGGAAAUAUUGGUAUAGAUGUCCUCCAUUGUAGCUCCCUUGUCUGAACCACCUGUCCCUGUGUGUUAGGACUCUGCCAUCACCUACUGGCUGGACAACGGUGCUCCCGCUGAAAAGCUGCUGAUGGGUUUCCCCACCCACGGCCGUACCUACCGUCUCACAACCUCCAACACUGGCCUGGGAGCCCCCACCAACGGCCCUGCUGACGCUGGCCCUUACACCCGUGACGCAGGAUACUGGUCCUACUACGAGGUGCUCUAAAACUUUAAUAACUAUGUUCAUGACCAUACAUUUGAUCAACUUUUUUUUUUUUUUACUCAAAGCAUACAGGCCACGAAUCUCAAAACACUAUACGUCAUUUUGUGUAGUUUGUUUGUUUAUCUGUUUUUUUGUCAUUAUCUAACAGAAUGUUUCGCUCCUCCCAGGUCUGCUCCUUCACCUCCGGUGCAACUAUCGAAUGGGUUGAUGAGCAGAAGGUCCCCUAUGCCGUCAAAGGCAGCUCCUGGGUGGGCUACGACAGCAAGGAGAGCUACGCUGCCAAGGUACAUGCCAGGAACAUCUCAGUCAAUAUCAAUCAAUCAUGCAAUCAAUCUAUUUAUCUCUAAAGCCAUGUCCAUGUUAACACAUCUGUCUGUGUCUUCCUUGCUUCAUCAGGUCCAGUGGCUGAAGACCAAGAACCUGGGAGGAGCCUCUGUGUGGACCCUAGACAUGGAUGACUUCAGUGGGGCUUUCUGUGCUGAUGGCCCCUUCCCUCUCAUCAACCACCUCCGCAACUCUCUGGGUAAAUUAACUUCCAUUCAGUUCAAUUCAAUUCAAUUCAAGGGACUUUACAAACCUCUUAAGUCAAGUACAGUAAAGGUAUACAGUAUGUAGGUCUAUAUGUAAUCUCAAACUCUCCUCCCUUUCUCCAUACCUCCUUAUUUUUCUCCCUCCCUCUCCCAGGCUUCGCCCCCAAGCCCACCACCACUCGUGCCCCCACCACCACCGCUGACCCAAUCCUCAGCUUCUGCUCCGGACGUCCAGACGGCCUGUACGUCAACAUCUUCGACAACACCACCUACUUCCAGUGUUUCCGUGGCAACACCUACCUGCACAAAUGCCAGCCCGGCCUGGUCUAUGUUGAUGCCUGCAAGUGCUGCAACUGGCCCUGAAUUACUGCUAGCUAUGUACUGUAGGACCAAUUACUUAGAAUACCAUAACAACCUUCAAUGACAACAUGCUGUUAAGGCAAUAACCUACCUUAGCAACUGGUCCUGAACUGCAACUGGCAAAAUUAGGCAAUUAGUCAUAAAUAGACAUAUUUUAAUUUUGUCCUUUCCUAUUUGCCUGGCUACUAUCUUCCUCAAUAAAAAAAUAAUAACAUAUAAUGUGAAUGUUUAAUUUUUGCUUGACGUUUUUCAUAUCUAACCUCACUUGUUGUUUGUUGUUUUUCGAUGCAAUUGAAGAGUGCUGUAAUGUUUC